UUGGUGGCAAGUACCACUCAUGAGCCACUAUUGAACGACCAGAUACGGCCUGGGCUCUAUUCGGCUCAUUAUCUUGGCGACGUAGCAACCUAUCUGGCAACAGCUGUCGUUGAAUUUUCAUUAAUCGGCGCCGCGGUAAUGUUUAUCCUAUGGAAAUCCAUUGACAACGGAACAAUUAGCUGUGGUAAUGAUGCUGGAUCGGAACGGGUGAAACGAAAGCAUCGAAUGAGGGUCGACUGUAGCUCCUCUUCUACUGGAUUGUUUGCCGGGAUACUAUUCCUCAUCGUCACAUUCAUCUCGAUUGGCGUGCAUUCGGUAUUCACUCAGCUAAACAACAGUCGAAGCGCACAGCUUGCGUUUGGCCUAGCAGAUUUGGCGCUCUUCGCUACAUCCCUCUCAGCCUGCACCAUCGGAAUAUACAGGAUGCGAAUGCUACAAUUUUUACGCCGCUCACAUGGGAGUGCCGAAAUACUGGACGAAAUUUUAUUGAUGAUCGGACUUAUUGGUGAGCUACUGUUUUGCUGCACCGGAAUGCUUCUGUGGAUCACGAAGAGCGACGAAAAUGACGAUGAGGCGGGUGAAGUUUAUGUCCUCAUUGUAUACGUUGUGCGACUGCUACAAGUUCUCAUCCAGACCGUCUUCAUGCUCGUUGCAGGAAGGUUACGAGCUCAUUCACUGGAAGCGAAGGAGCAAAAGCCCGGGAAACAGAUCGUCACGUUCUUGCUAAUGGCCAAUGUAACACUGUUCUUCUUUUAUACGUUCGAAAGCGUCAACGCAAGCUAUUGCCACAAGAACGUUUUCGGGACACAGUACAUCAUCGCACAUACUGUAGCGCCGCUCAUCGUACUGUAUCGCUUCCACAGUAGCGUAUGCUUGGCCGAAAUUUGGAAGCACUGCUACUCGGUGAAAACGGCUUCUGAUCGAGCGCAGUCGAAUUAUUGA